AUGCCGUCCUACAACCCCUUCGCCCGUCGCGAGACACAUGAUGCUCGCGCGCUGAAUCUGUACCGGGUCUUCGUGCCCCUUACUUGGUUGCUGGUUGUCAUCGUCGGCGUCUACUACUCCAUCCACUCACCCGACGACACCAAGCACAGCAAGAAGAUCUGGAAACAGGCCAACAAGCACAACACACCGUUCAGCCAGAACACGACGGUGACUGGAAUCUACUGGAUCCUCCUGCUCCUCUCCCAGCUCAGCUACGUCUGGCAUCUCUUCUCCAAGGAUGCUGCUCUGGUCGCGUCCGCUGCCAACGUCGCCACGCACUUCAUCCUGAACAACGUGUUCGUCUUGGCCUGGAUCCUGCUCUGGACCCGCAACUACUUUUGGGGCGCCGAGGUCAUCCUUGCCGCCAACUUUGUCAACCAGGCCAUUACCUACUGGCGCCACCACGGCUUGCCCGCGUUCGUGCACCUGCCUGCCGUCGCAGGUCCCUACGCUUGGACGCUGACGGCGCUGUUCUGGAACGGCGCCGUCGCGGUCCACAGCCAUAACCUGCCCGGUCGGAUCGUGGCCAACUUAUUCAUCUGGGUGAUCUUGGCCGUGGGCCUGUUUGAUAUUGUUGUGCGUCAGGACUAUGUGCUGGGAUACUGUCUCAGCUUUCUCACACUGUCCCUGGCCCUCCGUCAGGUUGCCAUCAAGGUUAUUGCUCUGCAGUGGAUCUUCGCCUUCGUCAUCUUCGCUGUCUUCCUGGCGACUUCCUUCUACAUAUCCAGCACCAAGUACUACGGCCGCGACAGCCUCUUCCGCCGCGUUGCGCACCCCGAGUCAGCCGACCGUGAGCGCCAGCCCCUGCUCCACGAUGAGGCAUAG